CCCUUUGAGUUUCAAAUGCAAAGAUUGAAAGCUGCCUUAACCCAGCAGCACUCUCAGGUCACAAAUGGAGAUACUGCAAAGGGACAAACAAGUGGAUUGGUUAGAACUCAGUCGGAGGAAGCACGGCCACAGUCGCUGCAGCAGCCUGCUACAUCUACUACUGAAACACCGGCUUCUCCAGCACAGCUUGCACCGCAAACGCCAAAUACAGGGGGUCGACGACGAAGGGCAGCAAAUGAAGAUCCUGAUGAGAAAAGGCGGAAAUUCCUAGAGCGGAAUAGGGCGGCAGCAUCAAGGUGUAGACAAAAAAGAAAAGUUUGGGUGCAGUCUUUGGAGAAGAAAGCUGAAGACUUGAGCUCGUUAAAUGGUCAAUUACAGAGUGAAGUCACCCUGCUGAGAAAUGAAGUGGCGCAGCUGAAACAGCUUCUUCUAGCUCAUAAAGAUUGCCCUGUAACAGCCAUGCAGAAGAAGUCUGGCUAUCAUACUACAGAUAAAGAUGAUAGUUCUGAAGACAUUUCCGUGCCAAGUAGUCCUCACACAGAAGCUAUUCAGCAUAGUUCGGUCAGCACUUCCAAUGGUGUAAGCUCAACCUCCAAGGCAGAAGCAGUGGCUACAUCGGUUCUCACCCAGAUGGCAGACCAGAGUACAGAGCCAGUGCUUUCGCAGAUUGUAAUGGCUCCUCCAUCUCAGUCGCAGCCUUCAGGAAGUUGAUUAAAAACUUGCGUUGUUUUUAGAUACUCCUUAGCAACUUCAAAGGGAAACCAAGGAAAGCAGCCUUCAUUUAGGAGAAAUCUGUAGCUUAAAAAUGAUUCAUCUGUAAAAUUCAAACUUGAAUUUGGCUUUGAAAGUUGGCGAACAGGAAUGGCACAGCGGGUUGUAGUCUCUUAACAGACACCAAGUUCAUUUUCCUUUCCUAAUUAGGAUUGCUAGUUCUUUUCAGUGCUCGUCAUGUAAAGUGUCGGUACAGUUUAAAUGUACUUACUACUUUAAUUUGGUGGUAUUCCAAGCAGUCACGUAAAAUGCUCACCCCAAAAAACUGUGAUAGUAAUCUUGUAAUAUUUUAUACCAAAGUUCUGCAUAGAAUCCUAUUGACUUCGUAAACUCUACAAGAUCAUUAAAGCACUAGGCAAGAGAAAAAGACAGGAACAGGAAAUUUGCUUUUAGUCUUUUUUGCCUUUAUAUUGUUUUGCACAUUAUGAGAGGGGGGAAACCUUUGGGAGAAUAUGUUUGAUUAUAUUGUGUAGCAUUUUCUUUGGCUUUUUAACUGUUUGGGUAUUUUUAAAUAAUUUUGUUUAACAGGGCCAGUACAGUAUAUGGAAUACAGUACUUUUUAUGCACAUAUGUAAUCUUGAUCAGGGUCAUUACUAGCUAGAUUUUCUUUUUUAAAAUAGAUGUCAGCUUAGCUAGCACUUCCAUUUUAUAAAAUCAGAAGCUUUGCUUCUGCUGCAAAAACAAAAACCUGCAGCUAAUACCCUCUUACUAAACAGCCAAGAACAACGGAAAGAUUCUGAACAGGGUUGUGAAAGAUGGAAUACUUUUUCAAAGCUCACUUGAUAUUUUGUGGUUUCUUGAGUCUUAAAGAGGAGCUUAUUCAUACUGCAAGAUAGUAUGGGUGCCAGGAAAGCUUGAAAUUCCCUCAUCAAACUACUCAAGACCUUCUUUUUUUGUUUUUGUUAUUGUAUUGUAUUUGCAAGGUAACUUGUACUUUAUUCUUGUGUAAGCACUGUCAUCUUUUAGUAGCAAAAUUUUGAUACUUUUCUUGUGGGGAGAAAAAAAAUCAAUAUUUACCGUACCGUGGAAACAAUGUAAUUAUAGUGUGACGUGUGUAUGUGUGUAUGAAUGAGAGAGCGAGAGAAUGGUUCAGUAGUUACGCCGGCAAUCUGUGCUUGAAUGUUUAAAGAUGCCUUCAGUGUGAUGCUGGCUUGGUAGGUGAUUGCAGUUUUUGAAAUGUUAUUUACCGUGUGAAUUUGGAUAACUAACAUUCCAUGAUGUAGUUUGUUUCUGAUAAGAUGAUUGUAGGUACACUUUUUCUCAUUAUCCAAUCAUCUGCAGGAUAUUGAGUUUUUUAAUGUGCCAUUAUCUAUUUUAAUUCUGUACUCAUGUUAAAAAUAUAUAAUAUUUUACGAUUAAGUUGUAAAAGUGCAAAAAGAAAAAAAUUAAGGUAUGUGCUUUCAUACCGGAGAAACUUUGCAUAACAGCAGAGAAAAACUACACAGUAGCAGCAUCUGGCAGUAAAAAAAGAAUUCCAUUAUGUAUAUAACAAACAUUUAAUGCAUUUAUUGUGGGUUUGUGUAACUCAUAUGUUCUACGCUCUGUUUUAACCUAGGGUGCCAUCAAACUAUGAAACAUUCAGUUUUAAAUCAUUGGAUUUUAAUAGGUGGUAAUGGCAGAGAGCAACUCUUAAUUUGUAUGAUUUACAACCAAACUAGAAUGGAAGCUGAACGAAGUCCUAAAAUUAUGUAUAUAUCAUUUCAGUGCUUUAAGUCUGAAAAUAAGAAUUUAAAUAUUUUGUGUAUUAAAAAUGUAAGGAAACAAGUUUUUUUUGCAUAGUUUGCAAAAAGUGCUCCAGACACCUUCAUUUUAUCAGUUUUUAAAGGGUUAAUUUCAGAAACAAGCUUUAAUUUUCUUUUAUUUUUAACCCACAAGUAUAGUGACGAAGUCUCCAGCACAAACUGUGAAUUCUAUUUAAAAAUUCCUCUCUGGAGGAUUCAGCUCUAGUCACACUGGGAUGGAGAUGUGAAUUCAGUUGAAAGCAAUGCAGUGCAGGUAUAUGGCGUCUACGUUUGUAUGUGUGCCUGAUGCAUACUCAUGGUUUGCAAUUCCACAAGUUCAUAUACACGUAGAAGCCUGCUUCCACACAUACUCCUCCUCCUAUGGAUCGGGGUGGAGAGUGUUUGGAUUGGAUGAACAAAGUGGUUAUGUUUCCUCCACUAAAUCUAGGCAUAAUCUGCUAGGCACUGCUCUGCUACCCACCUUCAUUUCUGCUCCUAAGCAGCCCACUGAAAUGAAUGGUGUUCAUGCAUUAGCAGUGCCUGACGUUGUAUAAUACAGUCCUAUUUUUAAACCUUAUUUAAUACAAAGUUUUUUGUUGGUUUUUUUUUUAAGUAAUAAAGCUGUUGCUGUUGUAAAGUAAAUCUAAAUAUGUGCAAGGAGAGAUGUAAAUGAUUUUAAUGAAGGGAUUAGUUAAAAUCCUAUGUUCAGCAAACAAGAGAACAGUUGUAUAACCAUAGAUUCCGUUUUAAAAUGUAUGUCACACUACUUCUGUACUUCGCAUUCGAGAUCCUUGCAUUUGACAUGUUUCACAAACUGUACUGUUUUUCUUCAAUGUGCAGUUUGCAUGAGUAAGUCAUCAGAGAAUAAAAUCUAUCUUUAAAUUGUA